CUCUUCCUAGGCCGUCACUGAGAGAGGACGAAAGGCCAUUUUCAGUACAAGUGCCAAAAUCGUGAAUCCUAAUGGCGAAAAGUCUGAGAGGUUUGAGUCGGCAUCUCCCAGGCUCUCUUGGAGUUGGAGAUGAACUCUGACCUUAAAGCUCAAUUAAGGGAACUAAACAUGACAGCAGCAAAGAAAAUUAAAGUUGGUGAUGGAAGAAAAGCCAUUAUAAUCUUUGUUCCACUGCCUCAGCUGAAGUCUUUUCAGAAGAUUCAAGUGAGACUGGUGCGUGAACUGGAAAAGAAGUUCAGUGGCAAACAUGUGGUCUUCAUUGCUCAGAGAAGUAUUCUGCCUAAGCCAACCAGAAAAAGUUGCACGAAAAACAAGCAGAAGCGCCCCAGAAGUAGCACCUUGACUGCUGUACAUGAUGCCAUCUUAGAAGAUCUGGUGUUCCCAAGUGAAAUUGUGGGCAAGAGAAUCCGUGUAAUAUUGGACGGCAGCCGGCUUAUCAAGGUCCAUUUGGAAAAAGCACAACAGAACACAAGGUUGAAACAUUGUCUGGUGUCUACAAGAAGACAAUCACAGGCAAAGAUGUGGUUUUUGAAUUCCCAAAGUUCCAGCUGUAAAGUGCAAAAUGAUAUAAUAAAAAAUAUUCCUUGUUAAA